AUGAGAAUCGCACGGCCUUCUUUCAACCCCGGGAGGACGAAAAACCUCAUCCAUGGUUUCCAGGGGUUCAUCAUCUUCCUGGCGUGGGCCCUGACCAUCGCUGUUUUCACAAAGGGAGGUGGCAUUGAUGGGCGUUCCGCCUGGUACUUUGCUUUGUGCUGGUUCAGUAUCCCCGGCCUGAUCUACCUCGUGGCCGUGCCCAUGUGGCCCCGCGCGCGACGCUUCGGUAACGUUUAUGCCUUCGCAACCGUCGACUGCCUGUACGCCAUUCUGUGGUUCUCUGCCUGGGUCUGUGUGGCUAGCUAUGUGGCGGAGGGUAAGAGUAAGGGAAGUUCGGACUCUAGUUCCGACUCCAGCUCCAGCUCCAGCAGUAGCUCGAGUUCGUCGAGCAGAAGGGAUACUAGCAGCAGCUCCAGCAGCAGCAAAAGCGGAUGCGAUAACUGGGCCUACGGAAGCGCCAGUAAAUGCAAGGUCAGCACAGCUACUGUAAUUCUGGGGGUGGUUGUCUUCCUGCUUUUCUGCGUCACUGCCUUCAUGUCCUUCCGCAAUGUCUCGCAUUUCCGCCGCACCGGAACCUUGCCCGACGCCGUCUCCGAUCCCACCUUUGCCGCACAGACGAAGGCUGCCUUUUCCUCCAACCCCGCCCAUGAUUUCGAGGAGGAAGAAGACGACUUCCGCUCCCGUGCUGGUAUCGGCUCCUCUGUCCGUGGCGACAGGGACGAGGACUACGCUCUGCUGCAGCAGAGCGAGGUGGACGAGUUUGGAAACUCGCAUGCAGCACGCUCGGCGCUGUCGGGCACAUACGACCCGACGGUCUCUGGUGGAAGCGUGCUCCACGACUACAACACCAGCUAUGGCGGUGCGCACGGCCAACAUUACGGAGGAGCGUCCGAAUUCGGAUCCAGUGUAAGCGGCUAUGGGCGCUGA